AUGAGCAUUCUAAAAUAUGAUAUAUUUUCUUCUGAAUUUUUAUUUAAUAUUGGAAAUUAGAAAUAUUGGAAAAGAGGCAGCUACUUAGGUUUAGUAUUAUCUAUACUCUCAUUUGGAGUUAUGAUAUUUUACUUUGCUUAUUUAGUUAAUCAGUAUAGUAAUAACUUAAUUAGUCCAAAUUUUAGAUCUUAGAGUUUCAUCACAAAUUAUAGGAAGGAUGUAAUACUCAGUUAGGAUCUAGUAGGUUUUUAGUUUUAUUAUAAUGCCUCUAUGACUAUAGAUCAGUAUUAAGAAAUUUAAAAUAAAACGUACAUUGUCUUUUAGGUAACAUUAUUUUAUUAGGAUGCAAAAAAUAACAUUUAUUAGAGUUUUAAUCUCGAUGUUAUUAAAUGUACUGAUAGUUAAUUAAAUGGUUUUUAUUGUAUUGAUUUUUCUAAAGUAAGUGACUACAGUCUGUUACUCGAUACAAGUAAUAAUAAUGUGAAAGUAUCUAACUUAUAUAUUAGGAUGUACGGCUGUCUAGAUAUAGACAACUUUAAACAAAACAUUCCAAGUAACUGUGCUGAUUAAACUGAUAUAGAUAAUGUAAUUAAUGGAUUAGAUACCUUCUUCUACACAAGAGCUAAAUCAUAACAAUACAAUACUACUUCAAAGCAAAUAUAAACAAAUUAUAGGACUAUACCUAAUUAUAUGUAAGUUAAUUUAACUAUUUUUAAUACUCUCUCUAUCUAAAUAUAAGAGACUGAAGUGGUUUAGGGAUUAAUAUUUUAAUAGCAAGAGUCAUAUACUUCACCCUAUUAGUACAAUUAAAUGGUUUCUACUUUAGAUAGAAAGCUUAGUUUAAAGAAGGGAGAAGGCCCUUACAUGGAAAUAAUAGUUUAAAUUGAUGAAAUUGUUUGGUAAUUUCAUAUUUAAUAUCCUACAAUAAUACAAAUCUUAGCACUAGUCAAUGGAGCUGCUUUUAUAAUUGUUAUUUGUAGAAGUAUUGGUAGAUUUUAUUCUUAAUUACUAAUUAAAUAAGACUUCUUUAUGCUUUUCCUUCAAAACAUCUAUAGUGGUAAGUAUGAAUAGAUUCUUAAGCAUAAUAGUUUUAUUUAAUAAAAAAUGGAUAAUAUUCCUUAACCAACUGAUUUGAUACUUAAAUAAACAGAUUAUGUUAUUGAAAAACGUGAUAAAAAAUAGAUUUUUAUUCCUUUAUUCUCAACUAAAUCAAGAGAUUAUGUUGAAAAAAACUAGGUGAAUAGUUAAAAAUAGGAAGAAUCAACAAUCUUUUCAACACCUAGUAAUCGGUAAGAUUAUUUAAAUCAAAUAAAAGAAGAGCAAGCACUAGAUAAGCUUUAAAACAAUUAAAACAUAGAAAAAUAUUCUUAGCAUGAAAAAAGUAAUUUUUAAAACAAUUAGUUAAAUAGUACUUUUGGAAAUUCUUCUAAAUGUAUUUCAUAAAGUCCAAAAUCAAUUUUUGAAAAAAAGUAAUGUGAAAGCUAAAGAAAAUCAAUUUAGUCUAAAUCAAAAGAUCAUGAUUUUAAAGGAGAUUUAGAAACUAAAUAUCAAAAUAUCCUUGAUUAUAAUACUGAAAGGGAUAAAAGGGAAGUCUUAACUAAUAACUUAGCAAAGAAUUUCAAAGUUAUUCAAAGCAAAUCUAUUCAAUAAAAAAUAAAAGAUUUUAUUUUUCGGUUUUAAUUUUGCAAACCGAAGAAAUAUUAUUCAUCUAAAGGAAUAGAAGAAGAACUAAUUAAGAAAAUAUUUAGCGAAGUCCACUUAACAUUAGAUAUUUUCGAAUUUUUUAAAGAUAUUUUUUUUUUGAAAAAAGCAAUUACUAUGCUACUGAGUCAGGAUUAAUUGGCAGCUAUUUAAUGUAUUGGCCUCACUGAAAAUUAUCUUAACUUAAAUUAAUAAAAAACAGAUUUUAAAUAAAAAUAAAGAAGCACUAAACUCAGCUACUUUGAAAAACAGUUUAGCUUAUUGUAGUCUUAAGAAUUAUAAGAAUAGCAUAUAAAUAGCUUUUUUAAAAACUUUUAUGAAAGCAAAUAAUAAAAUGAGGUUGAUUAAAGAAUAGUUUCUUCAAUAUUCAAAACAGAUUAAGAAGAAAUAUUUGUUUGUUGA